AUGGAGUUCGGUCGUAUCUUCAAUUAUUUUUUGCUUCUCUCUUUGCUGCUCCUGAACUAUCAGAUGUGUGUGUACGGUCAGCAGACAAAUUUCGAGUUGCCCGUGCAACUGGUCGGCUUCCCGGCUAUCGUAGGCACCGUUAGGUUUACGAACUUCCUGAAGAAACUCGCAUACUCCUUAAGCCCCGCGACGUACCGUUCAAGAAGCCGCCGUGAACUGGCGUACGCCAGCCAGCCGGUCGAUCCGUUUGACGCUCAAGAGGUGGAGAAAUACAUCGUGGCGGAAUUUGGGAGUAAGGCUUGCGUGUUCGAGAGAAUAUGCGCGCACUAUGCCACGCAAGCGCGCACUCAGCCGAGGCAACAGCUGGACUGGGCGGAUGUGUUUAGACAAUAUAAGCGUUCAGAAGACCAAGCCAAAGAGCUUUAUCUGCUAAGCGUGUUCCUGGGUGACAUCGUUGGCUCGCCUCACCUCUGUCACCAGCUGGGAAAGAGAAGACCGUGUGAUGAGAAACUAUUAGAGGGUAGUUUA